GUUAAGAGCGCUUUCGCCACUACUUUUUACCUCGUUAAGAGGUGUUUUUGUUUGAUAAUUGUUAAGCGCAAGGUGCCUUUUAGGUCGAUUCCUUUUCGUCAACAUAGUUCAAAAAUAGACGAAUGAGCCAAAUAUUGAAUUUUUUCUUUGUCCAAACCUUCUCCAAGUUUCCCAUUAUUGUGGGAAUUGACCCACAGGAAGCAAUACCACAACAGGAUAUAAGAAUGGCAGUGCUGAAGAUAAUCCAAUCGAGAAGCCCAUUGGGAAGGAACAUGACGAGUGGGACUUCUCUCCCUACAUGAACAUUCUGCCGGGCGGGUCCACGCAAGGAAACAGAACCACCAGUAAUAAGAUCUACGACGAGCUCUCCAUUGGAGAAUCGCAGGACUCGACCUUCACCAGCUACUUGGCAGAUCCGAGGACGCGCUGGCUUCUAUUGGGAGGAAGAAAAAGGAGUCCCGAUAUGGGACUUCUCCCGCGGAGAAGAUGGCGAAGCAUCCACGACACGAGAUGGAAGCCUCAAACCAGCGGUCGGCAUACACAUGCCACCACAAGUUUGCCUUGCACUAGUGUGACACGAAGUUGGCGAGCAGCGCGCUGAAGCGUGACGUUUCUCUGCUUUGCACUUAUUUCUGUCGCCCUGCGACGCAGAACCUCUGCCGCAGAAGCGAAAAAGCGCGCUGAAGCUAAGGAAAAAAGACCGAAGACCCAUGCCGAAGUCACAUCUACGUUAUACGUUAGGGGGCAGCGGAUGGGCAGAACAAUUCCCUAUGCUCACUUAAUAGGGCGCUGCCGAACGCUGCCUUAAACUAUUAUAAACAUAAAUAUCCUUUGAACAUUCCAUGUAUAUUUUUUUUGUGCACCAACAGAUUCGUCUUUUUUAAAUCGUCAACAAAACAAACCCAGCUGCUUGUCAGUUAGAGAGUGCAUGCAAAGCCAUCAUCGUAAACGAAGUAACUACGGUUGCUGUCAAAAGUUUGUUAUAUAAUGUAAAAUAUAUAAAUAUUACCCUAUCAUUUUCACCAUUACCUAUAAAAUUGACACUCAAAAAUUUUAGAAUCGGGAAUUAUUAACGCAGAAUAAUGCACAUACUUGGAAUUAAAAAUAUAUUUGAAAAUUUAUGUGUUUAAUAGAAUAGCUGGAAUAUCAUUUUAUUCGUAUUGCGGAUUUGCAAACUUUUGGAUUGUUUAAAUUGUUUAGUGUACAAAAUGGCGGAAAAAAGGAAACUGGAAUAU